UUUAUUUUAUUUUUUAAUUAAAAAAAAAAAUUUUUUUUUUAAAUUUUUUUUAUAGUUUAAUAUUUUAUACUAUUCCAAUAGGAUUAAAUAUGGCAUCAUCAUUUCUAAUAAUAGCAAAAGAAAAUACGAGAAAUGAGUUUUUAUCGUGGUUUACAGAAAAUAAUAGACUUGCUAGUAUAUUUACAAUAUUGGCGGGAAUUGAUAUUGAAUUAUUAAGUGUUUUACAUUCAAAUCUGGCAGGAUUUAAAUAUUUUCAAGCUCCAUUUUCUGAUUCCGCUAAAUCGAUAAUAUUUUGGGUUGCUUUUACAAACAUUUUCGUUGAAGAUAUUCCUCAAUUUAUCAUUCAGAUUUUAUUUAGAAUGAAAUCGAUAACAUUUGAUAUUAUUCCAAUUAUUACUUUAAUCUCUUCAGCGAUAACUCUUACAAUUAACAUCAUAAGUCGUUCACAUCAAUCUAUAAAUUAUAUUCGGGAUAAAAGAAGAACGCGUCGUGUAUUCCAUUCUUGAACUUUAGGUAUAUUAGUUGGUUAGAUUUUAAAUAUUUUAUUUAUUUUAUUAUUUGUUAUUUAUUUAUUAAAAAAUUGGUUGUUAUAAA